AUUGAAUUAAAGUGAAUAUCACACUCGUUUACCUAAUUGUUCUAAGUAAUGCACAAAUUAAAUGUUGCCAUCGUAGUGCAACUGGUCAAACAUCUUUUUCAUUAGAUGUGAUUGGUAAACAUUUAUUAACUGCCUUGGGAAUUACACAAAACCUGACGGGUCGGACCAGGUUGAAAAUUGUGCAGUUUAGCCCAAUCCAAUUCCAUCAGACAAUUUAGAAUUACAAUGAAUCUAAGAAUAAAUUUAACCGGAGAAACAAUUUCUUAUUCCAUGGUCACAUUUCUUGUUUUAUUCUUUGUGGUCAACGGUACAGAAACCGGGAAGACCACGCUGAAUGAAACAACAUCGCCACGACCAAGUAUGAGCACACCAAAAGCCCCACAAGUUCUCAUUGAUGCAUCCGCCGAGGACUUGGAGAAUGAACAUGAUGUAACCAUUAAUACGAGCACUUUGGAUCCUGAUCAGGUAGUCUUGCCGAUUAAAUAGAUUUGCGGACCAUACAUGGCAAUCGUUUCAUGGCAAUCAUUGCAUUGCAAUUUUUACAUUGCAAUCCUUAAAACACAUUAUCAUUACAUAGCAUUAUCUCUACAUGGCUUUAUUAUUACAUCGCACAUCCUUACAUAGCAUUAUCCUUACAUUGUUUUAUCAUUUCAUAGCAUAUUCCUUUCAAACCAGCCAGCAAAACUUGUGAACGUAUAAAACCGAAUAAAACAUCAAUCGAAUAAAUAAUAACCACCAAACUGGCUUUUAAUGGAAGAUUAUGAGUUGACAUUAGAAACAUUUUCAUUCGUAUGAAAAUUUAAUGGGGUGACCCGCACCGAUUUUUAGAAAUUAACUUUGAAGGCUGAAAUUUGGAAUAGUGGUUCUCGUGCUUUCUCAUGAAAUAACAUGAAGUAAAAUAUAAACACAAAUUAACCAGAGUGGCACAAGGGGGUGGCCGAUAACGAUUUCCAAAAGGUGAUAUAAUCAGCGCUGAAAUUUAGUAAAUAUGGACUCGGAAAAUAACUUAUGAUUCGCAUUUACUUAGGAGGGCUGAAUUUCGAAAUUUUUGUAUGGGCGACCUCCACUGGUCACGGGAAGUAUUGAAGGGCAAUGGGUAGCAAAUAUUUUUAGAAUUUGGAGCCAAGCAAUACGAAGAAUUGAUGCUAGUUAAUGUAGUAAUUAGUGCAAAUAGUAGCACACAAUUUUUCAGAAAACUAUUGACAAACGUGGGUUUACUAAUCAAUCCUGGUUCGGGCUAAGCAUAAACUGUCCUAUUAGGUUUUAAUAUAAUUGUUAAUAUUUUUAUAUAUUAUGUUUGACACCAAAUAAUAUUAACACCCUGGUUCAUGGAAUGAGUUUGUCAUAACAUAACACAGUUCAAACUUGUGUACGUGUAAUGAAGAUGAUAUGUAGCUUUCAUGCAAUGUAAGGAUAAUGCUAUGUAUGUAUAAUGUUAUGUAAGGAUAUGCCAUGUAGUGAUCGUGCUAUGUAGUGAUAAGGCUAUGUAAGGAUAAACAACGUAAGUCACCGCCAUGUAAAAAUUACAAUGUAAUGAUUGCCAUGUAAAGAUUGCCAUGUCUGGUCCGCGGACCAGUCUUGCCAACGCCUCCAGGAUAUAGAAAAUGGAUCCUACCCCGUCACUCAUAUGAAAAAUGGAGAGUUUACUCCUAUGUCUCCAUCUUCAUAUCAAUGAGAAAGACGAAGAAGUGAUACUUGACACGGACUUUGGUUUACAAUGGGUGGACUGGAAAAUAGUUGAGCACCUAAGUAAUUCCUCCAGUUCAAAUGGCAAGAUUAAUUUCCAACAUCGCACUUUUGAUUCAACAGUUCUUCGUCAUAUUUGGAAACCAGAUAUUUUCAUUGACGAAAUGUCUUCUGCUGAGCGAACCUCUGUCAUCUCCAACCUUAUCACGCUCAACUUUCUUGACGAAAAGGGCGGUGGCGAUAUAGUUUACAGCGCGAGAACGACCCUUAAGCUUCGAUGUAACAUGUCAUUUGAAUAUUUUCCUGCAGAUACUCAAACGUGCAAGUAUUACAUCCGAAGCUAUUCGUACAAUGCCAGUCAGUUUGAUAUCAUGUGGAACGUGUAUAACGGGAGCAUAAGCAAAGGCAUUUAUUUAAACGAUCCUGAAGAUCCAAACUUUGACUUGCAGAUUUCAUGCGCAGGUCCAAAUGGGGAGGCAAAAUUAUAUAUCCGGGAAAUGUUUGACGAUUUUAGGAAUGGUAAUUAUUCUGCACUCACCUUUACUCUGAAAAUGAGACGAAAAUUAAGCUAUCAUCUCGUGCAGACUUAUUUGCCGUCGGUCCUCCUCAUCUUGAUUACUUGGCUCUGCUUUCUUCUUCCUGUCGACAUGGUGGAGGCUAGAAUAGCGAUAUCGAUGACGACUGGGCUGACUCUUACGGCCAUGUUCGCAUCAGUGCGGGAGCAAAGCCCAACGGUGAGUUACCCAAUGGCAAUAGAUAUAUGGAUGGUGUUUUGCAUAUUUUUCGUCUUUCUCGGCCUCCUAUUGUUCACCACUAUUUACUGGAUGACGAGGCAUCUUGGAAAAUAUGAAGAAGAGCAAGCCACAACGCCCAAUUAUAAGAAAUUAAUCAUGGAUUUCAUACAGCGAUACGCGUUUGUAGCGUUUGCUGCAAUUUUCAUUGCAUUUUUUAUAAUUUACUGGAGUUGCCUGCUCCUCUUAUCCGACUAUUACGGCUGGGAACCAAAUCCAGAUUACAAUGGUGGCGAUGACGCCAAGAAUAACACCAACCUCUACAGUUACUUUACGACGGCGGAGGACGAGUAUGCAAAACUUGCAGAUGAAAGUUAAAGAGGAAAUGGAUGCGGGUGAGAAUAAUGAGACUAGCAAAUCAUAACAAUGAUAACAAUGUAAAUUCCUCGUGUAAAAGUUUAUUUUAUUUUUAAAGUACAUAAGAAAUUAAAUAAACUUAUUUUUAAAAUA